CUGGUUAGUGACUUGUUAGUGUCUCCCCCCCAGGCGGCCUGCAGGGCUCUGGAACUGGCCCGGCAGAACCACAUCCAGAAGCUGGUUCUCUACACUGACAGCAAAUUCACCAUCAACGGUGUGACCAGUUGGGUGAAGACCUGGAAAGUGAACGGCUGGAGGCUGAAGUCUGGUGGUCCGAUCACCAACAAAGAAGACUUCAUGACGCUGGACCGGCUGAACUCUGAGCUGGACGUGGUCUGGAUGCACGUCCCGGGCCACGCGGGAUUCACCGGGAACGAGAUGGCGGACCGGCUGUCGAGGGAAGGAGCAGCCAAGGAGCCGCAAUGAAAAGUUUCUGAUAUUUUCUGAUUUCCUUUCUGUUCAGAGUGAAAAUAGUUGAGUUUAAAGCUGUUCUCAUCAUUAUCCAGCAGGGGGCACUGCUGCAUUCUGAACCAAUCAUCACGUUAAACUGGGAGCUUACUGGUACCAGUUUGGCUAAGUAUUGUUUUCCCUGUUUAGAGAUGAAACUGAAGUAAGAUAUAUUUGCUGCAUAAAUGGAACUGAAGCCUUUCAAUCGAAUCUGUGGGAAUAAUUAACUCACCAUUCGGAGACGGGAGGAUUAUUGAUUCUGCUGCUGUUUCUGUUGUCUGAUAAAACAUAAGAGAGUUUCUCUAACUGUUGAUUAAAAUGUUUAAAAAGGCUAAA